GCUGGUAGGAGGCGGUAAUGCACAUAAAGCAUAGUUUUGCCAACCGCAAAUCAAACUAACGAAGAAGAAAAGGCGGAAAAAACGUUCACUUCCGGCCAAAGAUUCACGCGUGGAUAGCAAUUUCACGCAUCACGAAGGAUAUAUCGUGGCAAGCAAAACUGUUGAUUUUACCUUCAAGACUUCUCUCCAAAUGCUCAACCACAUAUCACACACAACCCCAAAAUAACAAAAACAGGCAUCAAUCGCGGUUGACAAUGGAUGGAAACCUUAAAGAACAAAGGAAACAUAAGCACAAACACAGUGGACCGAAAGCAGAGAAAAAGAAUUUGAAGAAGCAGGGAAACUCAACAGAGAAGGAUGAACGAAAACGUAACCCAAAGGCCUUUGCAGUACAGUCAGCUGUACGCAUGGCCAAGACUUUCCACAGGGCCCAAGAUCUAAAGACCAAGAAACAUCACAUACCCCUUGUCGAUAGGACACCCCUGGAGCCUCCUCCAGUUGUGAUUGUAGUUGUUGGACCACCCAAGGUGGGGAAAAGCACCCUAAUUCGUUGUCUAAUCAAAAAUUUCACACGGCAGAAGCUUGGAGACAUAUGUGGACCUGUAACCAUCGUCUCAGGCAAGAAGAGGCGUCUGACUUUCAUAGAGUGUAAUAAUGACAUAAAUACAAUGAUCGACCUUGCAAAAGUAGCUGAUUUGGUUCUGAUGUUGAUCGAUGCCAGCUUUGGCUUUGAAAUGGAAACAUUUGAAUUUUUGAACAUUUGCCAAGUGCAUGGUUUUCCUCGUAUCAUGGGUGUCCUCACUCACCUAGAUUCCUUUAAAAACAACAAGACACUAGGAAAGACCAAGAAAAACCUAAAACAUCGCUUCUGGACUGAGGUCUACCAGGGUGCCAAGCUCUUUUAUCUGUCUGGAAUGGUGUAUGGGGAGUAUCAAACACAGGAAGUGAAGAACCUUGGCCGCUUCAUAUCGGUCAUGAAAUUUCGUCCCUUGGUUUGGCAGACAUCCCACCCUUAUGUGCUCAUUGACCGCAUGGAAGAUUUGACUGACCCAGAAAAAGUCAGAACUGACCUAAAAUGUGAUCGGAGAGUGUCGCUUUAUGGCUACCUGCGAGGCACAUAUUUGAAAAACAAAAACCAGGUUCAUAUUCCAGGUGUUGGAGACUUCCAGGUUGCCGAUGUGAACUUUCUGCCUGACCCAUGUCCACUUCCAGGUGCUCAGAAGAAAAGGGCACUGAACGAGAGAGAGCGUUUACUUUAUGCACCCAUGGCUGGAGUUGGUGGAGUAGUGUAUGACAAAGAUGCUGUGUACAUCGACCUUCCUGCAUGCCAUGUUCAUCAAGAGCAGGAUGAGAUGAGACCCACUACUGAACUUGUCCAGUCUCUGAUUGACACACACGUGACACUGGAUGCCAAGAUGGCUGCCAGCAAGGUGACCGUUUUCAGUGGCUCUGAAACUGUGGACACCACAGAUGUGGAAGCACAGAGCAGAGAAAACAAGGGCCACGUGGAGCAGUGUAUCUGGGAUCCUGUGCAGAACAGAGAGAGGAGAAAGGUGAUCUUCAAAGAAGAGGAGAAUGAUAAAGUUGACGUCAGUGACUCCAGUGGGAACGAUGACAGUGACAAUGAGGGUGAUCCCAAGGAGCAGGAUGAUGCACGUAAAAAAUUCUCCACUUUUGUGAGAGAGAAAAGUAACAAAUGUACAAAUGAAAAAGGUGGCCCACCAGUGAAGAAACAGAAGCUUGAGGAGGAAAAAAAUGUUCAAGAAGUGGUGGCUGAGUUGCCUGUUUUUGCCGACAGUGAGGAUGACCUUGAGUUGAGUGGGGAAGAAGGGGAGGCUGGUAAAUUAGGAAACUCUGGACAUUGGUCUAAAGAAUAUGAGGAUGAUGAAGAGAGUGGUGUUGAAGAGUUUGAUGAUGAUCAAAGAGCUCAAGAGGAAGAGAAGUUUGCAGCUCCAGCGAGCCAUAGUGAAGAGGAAGCAGAAAAAGACCUGGACUUUUUAUAUGAGUCGACAGGGGCUCUGCGGUGGAAAGACGGUCUGCAGCAGAAGGCAUAUGAAGCUUUUCUACGCCAACAAGAAGCUGUGCCAAAUCUCCGAAAAUUCGUUUACGGUUCAGUCGCUGAGGCAAAAGAGGAGAGUGACCAGAAUGACGCUGAGGAGGAAUUAGGGGGACUCUUUCGCGUGAACCGACCUCAGAAGAGUAAAGCUUUUCAAGCAAAUGGUCUUGAUUGUUCCCAUUUUAACUCUGAUUCCUCCCACAACUGGGAUCUGGAUGAGGCGAUGAACUCCAUUAAGGAUUGCUUUGUAACGGGAAAAUGGGAGGAGGACCAAGAUGCCGCCACACUUUUGAAGGAGGAUGACGAGAUCUAUGGAGAUUUUGAAGAUCAGGAAACAGGCGAAGUUCACAAAGGCCAAACUGUAGCACACGACAAAGCUGAGAAUCGUGAAAGCGAUGAUGGUAAUGACGCCACUGAAGAGAUGCCAAAGAAAGUGGAGGAUGCUGAAGUCCAGAAAAAGAAGCGGUUGGAUAAGAAACAGAGGCUGAAAGAGAGAUUUGAUGCCGAGUAUGAUGAUGGAGAUGCCUCUUACUUUGAUGAUCUGAAAGAGGAGAUGCAGAAGCAGGCAGAGCUGAACAGAGCAGAGUUUGAGGAUGUGGAUGAUGAGACAAGAGUGCAGUAUGAAGGUUUCCGGCCAGGGAUGUACAUCAGGUUGGAGAUCUUCGCCGUACCCUGUGAAUUUGUCACAAACUUUGAUCCUCACUACCCCAUUAUUCUCGGUGGAUUGGGCUCCAAUGAAGGGAGCGCUGGAUACCUGCAGAUGAGACUGAAGAAACACCGUUGGUAUAAUCGCAUCUUAAAGACACGAGACCCGCUCAUACUCUCCCUCGGCUGGCGUCGCUUCCAGACCAUCCCACUUUACCAUAUCGAAGACCACAACGGGCGACACCGUCUUCUUAAAUACACGCCACAGCACAUGCACUGUAGUGCCUCCAUCUGGGGUCCAAUUACACCACAAGGAACAGGAUUCCUGGCUGUGCAAUCGGUAGCAGGAGUUAAAGCCAAUUUCCGUAUUGCAGCUACAGGAGUCAUCCUGGAUCUAGAUAAAUCAGUGACUGUUGUAAAGAAGCUCAAACUCAUUGGUUAUCCCUACAAGAUCUUUAAGAACACAUGUUUCAUCAAGGGCAUGUUCAAUACAGUGCUGGAGGUGGCUAAAUUUGAGGGGGCCUCUGUGAGAACAGUGUCAGGCAUCAGGGGGCAAAUCAAGAAAGCACUGUCAACGCCACCAGGAUCUUAUAGAGCAACGUUUGAGGACAGGCUACUUAUGAGUGAUAUUGUGUUCCUCCGCUCCUGGUAUCCGGUGUCCGCUCCACAACUCUACAAUCCUGUUACAUCCUUGCUGCUGCCUGUGGGUGAGAAGGACAGUUGGUCAGGCAUGAGGACCCUUGGGCAGCUCAAACAUGACCUUGGAAUCCGCAACAAAGCUAAUACUGACUCUCUGUACAAGCCUGUUGUCCGAACACAAGUGCAUUUCAAUCCACUCCAAAUCCCCAAAGAGCUACAGAAGGCGCUUCCUUUUAAGAGCAAGCCAAAACAGCAGCAACGCAAAGGAAAGACACACAGAGACAUCCAGAGGCCCAGCGUGAUCAGAGAACCUCACGAAAGGAAGGUGGCGGCUCUUCUCCAAGCUCUGAGCACAGUUUACAACUACGAGACCAAGAAAGCGCAUACAGCGCAGCAUGCUAAACACAAGGUGUUCCUCCAACAGAAAGGAAAGGAGGAGGCGGCCAGACUGAAGAGACAGAAGGAAGCCCGUAAAAAACUCUACCGUGUCAUGGGCCAGAUGGAGAAAAAGAAACAAAAAUCGAGUCUUAAGGGGGCACCACGGGAUUAACAAAACGUGUUUUCACCCAUGAGGCAGACUGAGAUGUUUUAUAGUGGUGUAGUUUUGCUACAAUUCUGAAUUUCUGACAGAAUGGUUUUGGAUGGAUAUUAUAAUUAUGUAAAGAUCUGUACUGUUUCGGACCUUGCUUUAUUAAAACACCACUUGAUGGUUGUCA